GAUUGGUGCGAAGCAGGAGGCCACUAGGACCCAGAAGCUUUCUGAGCAUCCUGCUCUGCUGGCUGCCUCUCACCGCUCACUGCAGUGGUUCAGGCUUCAGCAGCCGUGGAGAAGCAUCAGCUGAGAGGAGCUAUCACAUGGGAGCCGGGAGCUGCUCAGCAAAGAUGCCUUGAUGAGGAAGCUGGAGUGAAGUGUUGCAGUUAGUGUCCAGAUCUGGGACUAGAAGUGGAUCUUGUGUUCCAUUCCAAGGAGACCAGAAAUCAGGAAAUUCACAUCAACAACCCUAACACCACAGCACUGUCCUGGAGCUCAGGAGACCCCUGGGGAGAGGAGAGAGGAUUUAGAAUUGCCCUUGAACAGGAAGAAGGGUAUGGAGAAUGUAAAGAAAGUGGAGGAGGAGGUGCCAGGUGCUGCUCAGAAGGUGGAGUGCUGUUGACUGGGUGAGGAUCCAUCCCUUACACAUCUCUUGCUUCCUGUCCGUCGCUGGGGCUGACCCUUCGACUCCCUGCUGCCAGAAACAGGACAUGAGCUCCUGAGUUCACAGCUGCCUGGCCUGGCAUUCUGUCUACGGAGGAGCCCAGCCUUGGAGGCUGGUAAUAAGAGUCUGCCCAAGAGACUCCAGCAGGACCCCUCCCCCCAUCCCUCUCAAAAAAUAAAGAAGAAAGGAAGGAAGGAAGGCAGAAAGAGGGAAGCCUGGGCUUGCCAUCCCAGGGUUGUGGACUAGGAUGGGGGAUGGGCCUGUGACAGGAGGUACCCUGGGUGUCCUCUUUCGGCCCCAUGGAGUCCUCACCCAUCCCCCAGUCAGCAGGGAACUCUUCCACUUUGGGAAGGCUUCCUCAAACCCCAGAUCCCUCUGCUGCCAGCGGUGUCCCGGAGUUGGGGCUGCGGGACGUGGCUUCAGAAUCCGUGGCUCUCUUCUUCAUGCUCCUGUUGGACCUGACUGCUGUGGCUGGCAACGCUGCUGUCAUGGCUGUUAUUGCCAAAACGCCUGCCCUCCGAAAGUUCGUCUUCGUCUUCCACCUCUGCCUGGUGGACCUGCUGGCUGCGCUGACCCUCAUGCCUCUGGCCAUGCUUUCCAGCUCUGCCCUCUUUGACCAUGCUCUCUUUGGGGAGGUGGCCUGUCGCCUCUACUUGUUUCUCAGUGUAUGUUUUGUAAGCCUGGCCAUCCUUUCCGUGUCUGCCAUCAACGUGGAGCGCUAUUAUUACGUGGUCCACCCCAUGCGCUACGAGGUGCGCAUGACGCUGGGGCUGGUGGCCUCUGUGCUGGUGGGUGUGUGGGUCAAGGCCCUGGCCAUGGCCUCCGUGCCAGUGUUGGGAAGGGUCUCUUGGGAGGAAGGAGCUUCCAGCGUCCACCCGGGCUGUUCACUCCAAUGGAGCCACAGUGCCUACUGCCAGCUUUUUGUGGUGGUCUUCGCGCUCCUGUACUUCUUGCUGCCCUUGCUCCUCAUCCUUGUGGUUUACUGCAGCAUGUUCCGGGUGGCUCGGGUGGCCGCCAUGCAACACGGGCCACUGCCCACGUGGAUGGAGACACCCCGGCAACGCUCCGAGUCUCUCAGCAGCCGCUCCACCAUGGUCACGAGCUCCGGGGCUCCCCAGACCACCCCGCAUCGGACGUUUGGGGGCGGGAAAGCAGCUGUGGUCCUCUUAGCUGUAGGGGGACAGUUUCUGCUCUGUUGGCUGCCCUACUUCUCUUUCCAUCUCUACGUGGCCCUGAGCGCUCAGCCCAUUUCGACAGGACAGGUGGAGAGCGUGGUGACCUGGAUUGGCUACUUUUGCUUCACUUCCAACCCUUUCUUCUACGGAUGUCUCAACCGGCAGAUCCGGGGGGAGCUCAGCAAGCAGUUCGUCUGCUUCUUCAAGCCCGCUCCAGAGGAGGAGCUGAGGCUGCCUAGUCGAGAGGGCUCCAUCGAGGAGAAUUUCCUGCAGUUCCUUCAGGGGACUGGCUGUUCCUCUGAGAACUGGGUUUCUCGGCCCCUACCCAGCCCUAAGCAGGAGCCACCUGCUGUUGACUUUCGGAUCCCAGGUCAGAUCGCAGAGGAAACCUCCGAGUUCCUGGAGCAGCAGCUCACCAAUGACAUCAUCAUGCCGGACAGCUACCUCCACCCCGCCCCUUCGCCCAGGCUGGAGUCAUGAUGAGCUCUUGGACACUGGAAAUAGGGUUUGGAGGCUGGUUUAUGAUCCCAAGGACUGCCUUGUGGGACCACGUUUUUCCAGCUGGCUGGGGCUGGGGCUGGGGUCUCCGCACAUAGCUUUUGCUUAGUGUUUCCUGGGUCAGAACCAGAGCCAACAGGAUGGACUUGUGGCAAAAGCCUUGGACUUGGCUGUGAUCUUUGACUAUUGGGGGAGGGAACCUGGGUAUGGCGAGACGGUGACGAGAGAAAAGGGUCACAAGGACUGGCCUCCCCGAUCUCUCUCCUCAUGGCAGUGACCCACCUCCAGCCCCUUGGACAAUCGGGUACAAGAGACUAAGGUCGGGCAUGGGAAGGGUGGGGUUUGCGUAGUCCAUUAAAUGCCUCCCGACUCUCAUUCAUCACUCCUGAAAUUAGCUUCAGUGACAAAGACUUAAAUCUCUUUCUCUCCUACCUGUAGCCCUGGGUUGGAGAAGGCAGAGAGUUGGGCUUGGCUAUUUACUAAUUAAGCCUAUGGGAACCAUGUCAACUAAUAUUGGCAAUGAAAUUCUCAGUGGAGAGAGGGGAUAAGUGCAAACUGGACAGGACACCCAUCUUGGGCCACUGUCCAUCCCACUUCCCUCAAUUGAACACAAAAGGGUCAAUACAGAGCCAGAGAGUGCUGUGGUCUAUACUUGAACAAAUUUCUGGCUCAGUGAAUGAGUCAGAAAAAGGGGUGAAGUGGAUUGGAGGAGUGGGGUAGUUUCCCCUUUGAACAGCUAAU